AUGGACCUAUGUAAGAAUGAGUUUCUCUUGCCAACUUCCGAACCUCGCUCGGGAAAGAUCACACCUUUGCUAGGAAUCCCCUCACCCCGACCAUCCCACGUGUUCCGAUCCCCACCCUCGGCCUUCCCGCUCAAGGACCACCUCUUCCAUCCAUGCCAACGUCCUUCCCCCAUCUUGCCUUCCCUCCCUAUAAAGUCCCUGCCAUGGCCUGGCCAGAAACACCUUCCCCAACCUCCCUGGCCUGAGCUAAGAGCCCCCCAUCCCUCACGAGCUGCGCUUGCACCCCUGUCUCCCACAAUGUCACCCAUCUUCCCAGGAAUCCUGGUCACCUGCCUGCUGCUCUCAGGCCUGGCACAAGGCCAGGAGGAGGCCCCUGCUCCCCCCCAUGCCAGGAGCUCCUGCCCUCAAGGCUCUGCCUCCCAUAACUCCUACUGCUAUGGCUUACUGUUCACUAACGACACCUGGGACGCUGCCGAGCUGCUGUGCCAGGACUAUUUCUCGGGCCACCUGCUGUCCCUGCUCAAUAAGGCUGAGGCUUCCUUCGUGGCCACCAUGGUCACCGAGAGCAGGCCUGGUCUGAACCCUUUUUGGAUUGGCCUUCGGGACUACAGCGAGAAUGGUCGGUGGAAAUGGAGCAGCAACACCCUUUUAAUCUACCGAGCCUGGGAGAAAGACGCUCCCAGUAAUGACCAAUCCAACUUCUGUGCGGUUCUGACUCCUGAAUCUGGAUUCCAGAAAUGGAGAAAUGAACGCUGUGAUAAAAAAUACCAUUUCCUCUGCAAAUUCAAAGCCUAGAGGAGAUAAGUGUGAACAAGGAGUGAGGAUUCUGCAGUCCUAGAGCCAAACGUGCACCCUGGGGACCCUGACUGAAGUCUGCCUUCCCAGAAAUCCUUCUUCCUCGCCCCCACAUCCCUUCUUUUUUUUGAAAUGUUCUUCAUGUCUUCAUUUUUCUUCCUCCUCUCACUUACAUUCCUCCUGGGGCUGUCUGGCCUGGGCUACUGGCAAGAAGAAUAAACCAUGCUCUCUACCACC